AUGAAAAUUCCUCUGACGCUGACGCAGGUCCUGAACAUCGCUGCUGCCUGUUCAGUCGUUAUCCCUGCCCAUGCCGACUGGACUGUUGGUCAGACGGUGCGAACUACUAGCGGCCUCAUCGUAGGACACGCUGCAGCUAACGCUCCGGGGGUCUCCGAGUAUUUGGGGAUCCCGUAUGCCGUUCCUCCGCUGGGAAGGCUUCGUUUCCAGGCCCCUGUCCGAUUUGUCGGGAAUGAUACCGUCAAUGCGACCGUCUUCGAUCUCGGUAUUCCACCCAGCUCAGCUGCCGCUUUCGGAAGCGAGGUAUACCCUGCGAGCGAGGACUGUCUGACUGUGAACGUCUGGACGAAGCCGCAGACCGGAGAGACCAAAAAGGCGGUCCUCGUCUGGAUAUAUGGAGGGGCGUAUGUAUCCGGCAGUUCUAGACAACCAGCCUACCGAGGGCAAUUCAUUGCGGAUCAAGAUGACGUUGUUGUUGUCUCGAUGAAUUACCGUGUUAACAUUUUCGGGUUUCCUGGUAACCCGGCCGCCCCAGCCAAUCUUGGCCUCCGUGAUGUUCGGAUGUCUUUGGAAUGGGUAAGGGACAAUAUUGAUCAAUUCGGGGGUGAUCCCGAGCGCAUUACCAUCUUUGGACAAUCCGCUGGCGCUGGCAUCGUCGAUUUCUAUUCAUUUGCUUAUGCCGAUGAUCCCAUUGCCUCUGGCUUCAUCGAAAUGAGUGCGACUCUUUACGGCUUUCCGGCUUUGGCGGCGGCUGAGUCCAACAACCGCUGGUUCCAUGUCACGGCCUUAGUGGGCUGCGGCGAUGCCACCUCUGACCCAGUUGCUGUGAGCGACUGCAUGGUUAACAAGACCGUCGACGAGAUCCUUUCUGGCUACGACCCUGCCACCGUCCCAAUCAAUCCGUCUCCGUAUGGACCUGUCAUUGACGAUGACGUCGUUUUCUCGAGCUACCGGGACCGUCUAGCCGCUAAGGGUGGCUAUCUGAUUGGCAACAAUCAUAACGAGGCGGGUCUGUUUAAGCUACUAGAACCCCCUCAGAAUGAAAGUUACUGGACCAACUUCAACGACCGUUUGUAUACUUGUGCAGACGUCGUGAGAAUCGAGCAAUCAAUCGCGGACGGCAACCCAACCUGGCGAUACCGAUACUUCGGCGACUUUCCGAACUUGGCUCUAACGACUAACCCCCCAAGUGGCGCCUAUCAUGGUGCCGAGCUCUCUCCCCUGUUUGACACAGUCAAUCAGACGUUGCUGCCUAGCACUCCGGCUGAAGUCGCUGUUGGAAAAUACCUUCGGGAUGUUUGGACUAGCUUUGCCAAGAACCCGCAGCAGGGCCUAGACACGUUUUGGCCACAGUACAGCGGAAAUCGGAGCAGCUUGGCUCGUAUCGGUUACGACAAUAGGACCAUGAGCUUGGCGCCUGGUAAUAUGUAUGAUGCUGUCUGCCACUGGACUUAUGACGGAGUCAGUUCCCCAACUCCGCAGUGAUUGGUCCGCUGGGGUUGUGUAUACUCGCCUGGCUUGAUAGCCUUAGUUGGAGCAUGUGUAUUCUAUCCUAUAGUGCUACAAUUAUAG